CUUUCUUUCCACUAUUCACACUUUUCUUGAGCUUUGGUAAUUCUAUGAAGUCUACUUUAGAGAAUUUCUUUCGUCUCUUUUCCUCUGUACAAGUCGAUGUUUAUUAGGGUUGCAUGAUGGAUAAAUUAAUGUGGUGUCGUCAUGAUGCCUGCAUGAGUCCUUUAUAUGAUGUCUGCCGCAGCACGCAGCCACACAGCUUUUACUGUGUCAAAUGUUGUCCCCGGCAAAUAGUUCUUAAUAUGUACAGUGGUUACGAAUCCAAUUUAAUGACGUUAUUAGCCAUUUAAUGUCUAAGUUGAUAUGUAGUGCAUUGCUUGGUUUGGCCUGCAGAUAUGGAUAGCUUUUGCUUUUGUUAACUUUCUUAAGCCUUGAGAUACUCGUGAAGGCUAGGAACAAAGAAACAUAUCCAAGAUGGAUGUCUACUGCUUCUUGUUCUUCAAUGAAAUUUAGUUUGUUAAUAUGUUGUUGAUGAUUCUAUCUAUAGCCACGUACUGAAAGAAGAUCCGUUGGGCUAAACAAACAGAAAAGUUUAAGCAGACAGCACAUCAAGAGAUGAAUUUUUAUUGUUAUCUCCUUCGGAAGCUCUGCAAAUGGCUGACACAACUCUUACUUGCUCUGGACUACCUCCACACAGGGAUCUCAAAGAAACUUAAUGAAUCAGUUUGAAUCAAGAAAAGGGUAAACACAGCUAUACUAGCGAGGAGAUGGAGCAAAGAUGUGAUGAGCAAGGAAAUAGUGGGGAAGGUCAGAAUUCCCUUUUACCUUCUGAUGAGAACAGAGCCAGAAAUGGCAAUAUAAGCGAGCACAUUAGUCAGUUACCAGAAGAUGUUCUCUUGAACAUAUUGUCUAGAUUGACAAUGAAAGAAGCAGCACGUACCUCCAUCCUCUCCACGAGAUGGAGACAUUUGUGGACAUAUUACACUGGUAUUAUGGACUUUGAUGCUUCACUUACAAUGUGGUACUUGCAGCUAGGUUUAGGAAGCAAGUCACUUGACAUGGAAAGACAUAGUUUUGUCAGUUGGGUAAAUCAGGUUCUAAGAUCACAUGAAGGUCCAACUAUGGAGGGAUUAAGAAUUUGUUUUGAUUUGGACUCUGAUUUUAUGUACGAGAUUGAUAGUUGGAUUACUAUUGCAAUGCAAAAGAGAGUUAAAAGACUAGAGAUAGACCUGACAAAUAUCGAGCCAAGUAUCAAAACUACAGGGUCAUAUGCCUUCCCAUCAGGUUUGCUUAAUGAUUCAAGCUUUAGCUCUCUAAAGACCCUGCAGUUGAAUAUGGUCGAUGUGACUGGAGAAGCUCUUCAGCACUUGCUACUGUCCUGGUGUCCAUUACUUGAGGUGUUAAGCAUAGUAAAUUCAACAAGUCUUGUGAGUCUUAAAGUUUCUGGUUCAUCACUCAAACUAAAGUACUUGGAAAUGGUGUGUUGCAACAACUUGAAAUAUCUUGAGAUUACUGCAGCAAGUCUUGUGUCUUUUAAGUAUUAUGGACCAUUGAUAGGUCUUCCUUUUAAGAGUGUGCCUAAUCUUGUUGAUGCUUCCUUUGGAGGACCAUUUUGUCAAUUGAUAAUCGAGAAUCUCUACCAGUUUUCCCUCUAUAUAUUGCAACUAGAGACGCUGAGAUUCGAUGUUGGAAGUGCUUAUUUAAUGCGCGAGUUCCCCACAAAUUUUCCCAUAUUGAGUAAUGUCAAGCAUUUGGAAGUGACAACCGCAGUGUCUGCUGUUGCACAUUGCCUCUUUCCUUGCCUCUCCCUGCUUAAAGGAUGUCCUUUGCUCCAUAGGUUUACGCUUAAGAUAUCAUGUGAAAGCACUUUGGUAUGUAGAGCCUCUCAGAAAGUCCCAGAGGAUCAUAGUCAUCCGUGCCUCAAGGUAGUGGAAGUUCUUGGCUUUCAAGGGAAUGCUGCAGAAGUGGAGCUUGUCCUAUACUUUCUCAGGAAUGCUGCAGUGCUCAAGAACUUAAUUAUCAGUCCUUGUGCGCCAUGUUAUCUAAGAAGCCCGUCGCAAUUGAAAUUCAAGGAAACCGAGCUGUAUCAAUCUGCCAAGCAACAUGCGGUAGAACUAGGAGCAAGGGUACCUCCAGGAGUUGACUUUGUGGUGCUUUGAUAAAAAAUUGUUCUAAUGAUAUUUUCUGCAGAUUUUUUAAGAGAGUUAUGUAAGAAAUGCUGCUUUAACAUUUUAAUGGUAGUCUUCUACAUUUUCCCCUACACUCUUAGCACGGAGAAGAAGUGGACAUUAUACGCCCCCAAAAUAAAGAGUUUAGUCUUCGAAUAA